AUGAUAGCAAGUCCAGUACAUGCAUCAUCACUCAUUCUGUUGGCUUGCCACUUGCUGGUGUUGGUGGUAAGCCCAGUCUCUGCGGCCAGGUAUGGGAACAGCACAGCGUACUACUCCCGCCAUGACAACAACACAGCCUACUGGAACGUCACUAGGAACAAGCACAGCGGGAAGCACUACUUGAAUGUCACUCGCAACAAGUACAUCCGACGAGCUACCGAGGAUUCCGAGGGCGGCGACGUUGGUGAGAGUUGCAACGAAAACAGCAAACCGUGCGCGGAAGGCCUUACCUGCAGUCGAACUCCCUUUAUGGGAAUUUUCAAUCCUCGUCACAUUUGUCUUCCCUUGGAAUGCAUCGGAGCUGCCGUGAAGACCUUUAAUGAUGUCGUCAAUAUCACCGACUACGAAGAAAUGAUCUUUGAUGUCGCCGGGGUAACAAAAGAAGAGUUCUUUCUAGGCAAACAAGGAAAAGAUGCGAUUGGCACAGGGCCAUUGGCCGCGUAUCAUGUCGCCCAGGCCAUGCCAGAGAAUCCAGCUUUUCUCAAGGUCAUACAAGCACUUCAGAACAAUCCCGUUCCAACUUACCAAUGGAAGGCCUAUCAGGGUGCGCUUUCGGAUUGUGAUCCUGAAGGCAAGCUUAGCAACGAUCCGGACCCCACCUGCAACGGUUGUGGUCCGUCGGAAAGAGGAACUCUUGGCUCUAUUGGGAUUCGCUUUGACAUUGGAGCUGCCAUUGGUGGUGCAGUCGAGUUCUUUUGGACUUUCGAAGGUGAUCCGGGUUUCUUUAUCAGGGCAGGUGGCGGUCUCUUUUUAGGAGCGGACGUGGGCUUUGCCGGAACACUCGGUGUGGUCUUCACCAAAAAUACCGCAGAUCUGAUUCAAAGGACCAUUUGGAUUGACAUCCGGGCCCCGGCUCCCGUUAUCCACGGAGGUGUAUCGCUUGCGGCAUUCGGCCUGCGCCCUGUGUGGGGACUGAGUUUUGUCAUUGGUAUCGGUGCAGGUGUCCACGUUGGAAGUUUGCUGUAUGGCCAGACCUGGGGCUUCGCAGGCAAUGGCACCGUAUUUUCUUAG